AUGGGCAAGGCUUUUCAGCGAAUUCGUGCCUCCGCAGUUGGAGACCUCCACCAAGGAGACCGAAUUUCCCAAUGGGUGCGCAAAAAUGGCGGGGAGUUCCUAAACAAAGUGACCGACAGAGUCACGCACCUUAUUGCCUCAGAAAAAGCAUACAAGGAGAACGUGGAACAGGUGCAAGUUGCAAGGGCACUCGGUACUGUCAAAAUUGUCUCUCGAGACUGGCUCAUAGCUUCGCUGUAUGCCAACCCCAUUCGUCCGGUGCCAGAGGCGCCCUUUCUACUCGAGAACCUGGUGAAACCUUCAAGGAAGGCCGCCAACGAAGAUCCCUUUGCCCGGAAUAGGAUACCCACGGGUUCAAAGAGUACUAAGGCAAUUGCUCCACCGAAGAAACAAAUCUAUCGACAGCCUCAGACACGAGAGGCUUGGGACGCUGUCCUCACAAGGGCGACUAAAGCGUCAGGCCGUCGCGAGAAAUAUCGUCUUGCUAUAUUCGAGACAACUUCUCAACCACACACAUACUCCACAUGGUCCAAGUAUAGCCGCGUCGGGACUUCCCGAAUUGAGGAGCUAACUCCGCCGAAGAGUGACGUGGUUCUUGCUACCAACAUCUUCAAAAAAUUCUUCAAAGUCGAGACAGGAAAAGAAUGGGAUGACAAGAACGAUGACAAGCUUCCCAUGCCGAAAACAGACGCACAGGGGAACCCACUCCCCGUUCACGAAGGCUGGUAUUCGUACGAAUCCAAAACUAGCAUGCUCACCAGCUUCAUCAUGCAAGUUGGACAGCCUGUUGGCAGCAAUUCGGCACCUGUUGAAUCUGAAAAUACAUCCAGUGAGCUAUACGAUCAGGCUAUUCCCCCAAAGCCUUGCGCACAACCGCGAGAGGAUAGCACCGAUAAUGGCGAUGUGGAUUCCAACGGCUGCAACGACAUUGACUUCAGAUGA